UUUAUUUCUCUUUUGGAUACUAUUGGGGUACAGCAUUUGGAGAGUGGAGCCUCCUCCAAUGAGAGUGUGGUUGCAGAUGCCAGGCAAUCAUCUGUGGAAAGCGAUGGCCAGCCGAAGGAGAAAGAAGAGGAGGAAGAAGGGGUCUUUCUCAUCCUUGCUACUCAUUCUGGGGGUACUUUCUCUAACAGGGAUCCAGGCAGCUUACCACGAGCAUGUGAUACAGUUCACAACAGUGGGCACAGGAAGCUACCUCUUGGAUCACUUCAUGGUGGACUUUCUGGAUGAUGUUCAGGUGUUCUCCUAUGACAAACAUAACCAGCAGCUCAUGGCUAAGGAGGCCUGGAUCUCCCAGGCCCUGGGGGCCAAGUUCAUAACCAAGAUUCGGCAGAAAUUAGUGGAUCAUGAGAAGAGUUUCCUCUGGUUCCUGAAGAAGUUGACGCAGAAUGAGACCAAGUAUGAUGUAAACUGCAUGGUGCAGGUUUUUGUUAGCUGUGAGAUUGAAGAAAACAGCCCUAUAGGAAAUGAAAUCCGGGUUGCUGUGGAUGGUCAAGAUUUUUUCUUCCUGGAUGAGGAGAUGGGGAAUUGGACUGCCUUGAUGCCUGAGGCUCAGCCCUUCAAACCCAUUCUGACAAGUCCCCUCUGGACCACUCAGAAGGAACACUACAUGCAAGAAUAUUGUAUUGACACCAUGAAAAAAAUCCUGCAGUACUCUAGUAUAAAGAAGAAUGUGCCCCCUGAGGUGACUGUGUCUCACCAUGAAGCCAUGGAUGGCAUUACCACCCUCGCCUGCUCUGCUACUGGCUUCUACCCCAGCUCUAUCCUGUUGCACUGGCAGAAGGGGAAGGAGAUAAUUGUGGCUGGGAAGGAGAGCUCUAGCGGCACUUUGCCCAAUGCUGAUUCUACCUUCUACCAAAGAAUCACCAUUGAACUCCCACCAGAUGACCCGGGGACCAAUUAUGACUGUGUAGUGGACCAUAUUGAGCUGGGGACACCAAAAGCGUAUCCUGUCCAUGUGAAGUAUCCUAAAAAGAGGUCUUGGACUGCGACUUUUACCAUCCUGGGUGUUGUCAUUCUGGUGUUGAGCUGUGCUGCAUCCUUCAUCAUGUGGAAGAAAAUGAAGACAGGCUACAGGAUACUUGAAUGUGUUACCUUGGAAGGAAUCAUUUAUACUACAUGAAGCUAUUUCUCCACAAGUACAGACCCUUCUGGACUUCUCUGCUUUCCUGAUGGAUAAAACUUACUCCUCUUCUGCUCUGGAGCUUAUGAAGCAGUAUCAAGUUCUUUUAGCUCACAGCCACCCCUUAACAGGAAGUUAAAAAGAAAUGUGUAAUGCCUUUUUCAGUGACAGGAAGUUCCCAUAAGCCAGAGAGCUACUAAGUUUUUCAGAUCUACAAAUGGCAAGGGAAUUUUGCUUUAUCUAAUGGGCACUCAGCAAAGCCAGUCUUCUUCCCACAGCAAAACAAAUGAAACACUUGUAUUUCCCCUUCUGUUUUGACUUCUCAAACCAGAGAAGGUAAUAAAGUGUAACCAGGAACCCCUGAGAAAUUUCUCUUCUCUCAAGUUAUAGAAGGCAUUAGAGAGCUAUGAACUCAACCCUUUAACAGCUGCAGGAUUCAGCUCUUCUCCACCUGAAUAAUACAAGUUGAAGAACUCUCUUGGCUUACCCAAACUUUCUCCAGCUUCUCACAAAGCAAUGCCCCUCUUGUAAUCAACAAGCUCCCCAAAAUGCAACUACAAAGUUCCUGUCAGUUUCUAAAAUUCAGUCCCAGGAUUCUUAUGACUUCUCCAGAGCACAGCUUACUUUCCUGUUUCUUCUCUCUCUCUCUCUCUCUCUCUCUCUCUCUCUCUCUCUCUCUCUCUCUCUCUCUCUCUCUUUCUAUGGCUUCUCCUGCUGGCUUCUUAUGCCCUCAAAUUAAUGCUUCUUAGAGCUCAGUGACUCAACUCUACCUCAUGAGAUAGAACUCAAGAAACCCACUUUCGUGUCAUAUGCAAACCCAAAAGUCUUUAAACAAUCCCUCACCCACAAUUCCCAGUUAUUUGAUUUACAAUUCUGUCAGGAUUAACCUUUAAAACUUUAAAAAUCAGUCAAAAAAUGAGCUGAUACACCAUGAUGCCCAGAAACCAUUUUUACCCUAGUCAUUGCAUGAUUUCGAGCAAGUUCUCACAGUACAUUUAUCUGAGGGGGAGGUCUCUUUCAGGGCUUCAGAACAGUCCCUGUCUUCUUUAUAUUUUAUUUGUGAGAUUGUAUUUCUUCACAAGUGGAUUUUAUUAAUCUUCCUUGUGCCAUUGUUAUUUUUCUGCCUCUGUUAGUAAUCAAAUUGUUCCUGUGAGAAAGGGGUAGUAUUUAGGUAGAGAAUUUGAGACUUAGAGAUUAAGUGACUUGCUUCAGAGGUAUAGUAUAGCUUCAGACAGAAGAGACAUAAAGUGAAACAUUCUGAGAAUAAUGUAUAUAAUCAAAUGUCCAUCAUAUGUUUAUGGUUAAUUGACUUUAUAAAUUAGUGGUAGCCAGAUUUUAGGUCUGUUUCCUCCUGUCAUAUGAUAUAUUUCUAGAAUACAUCCCAAGCACCUCAUUCCAUGAGGAAUGAAGGCUAAUGUUAUAAAAGACUUAAUAAAAAUAACAAUGAAUGCAAAUUUAUUGCUCCUUCUCCCUUUCUCUCACCUAAUUAAAAAAAUAACAACUGCAUAUAGUGUAUUGUAGGGUGUUGGACUUAGAGUUAGCAAGAUAUGCAUUUAAAUUCUCCCUGAGAUGUUAUUUAGCUCCGUGAUCCUGAGAGAGUAACAUAACCUUUCUGGUUUCAGUUCCUCCCAAGUAAAAUGAAGAAGUUGGGCUAAAUGGCUCAGGUUCUUUCCACCUCAAAGUUCUAGGAUCCUAGGAUCUAAGAGGUAGAGAAAUGAAUGAUUCAAACCCACAUUCUGUGACUCCAAGUCUAGUGCUCUGUCUAUUGCAAAUUAUCCAGACACCUGGCUUUGAUGAUUUUACUCACUUGAUUAAGUAGACACUGGUGGUUUAUAAUCACAAAGAUAAUUUGGUUUUAAAAAUAAGAAUUAGAUUUAAAGAUAGAAGAGACUCUAAAGGCCUAAUCCUACUUUUUUAUUUUAUAGUUGAAGAAAUUAAAACCUGGAGAAUUGCCCAGGGUCAUACAGGUAGUGAGUGGCAAAACAGUUUUGAACCCAGUUGCUCCAAUUCUAAAUUCAGCUACUUUUACAUGGUACCACUCUAGGCAAGGAGGAUGACACAGUGGGAAAGAACACUGAAUCUCAAUCCUUUGGAUAUUUUCUGUUUUCACUUUGCCCUCUUGUUCUAAUUGCUCUUCUCAU